UCGGUGCAUCAUUACUACAAACAUAUUAUACGAACAGCUUCGGGUAAGACACAAGACAUCUUCCAAAGCUUCAAACUCGAAACUGAAGUCAAUUUGAUAGGGAUUUCAUAGCUUGUGGUUGGACACCUAGAGGCUAGAAUGAUAGCUUAGCAGCCUUAUAGUGCAGUACGGGUUGGGGUGACGUUGUUAACGAAGAGGCCCACGCCGUUGGCAGACAUGGGUGGCCGUUCGUCUGUACCUGCAGAUGUCCCAGAACUUUCGGACCAAGAUGAAGCCACCGUUGUCGAUGCCGAUGUUACCUUUGUUACUGGAUUUUUUGACAUAGGGCGGGGCUCUUGGACAAGAUAUAAAAGAGAUAAUGACAAAUAUUUCACUUACGCCGAAAGCAUAUUGUCGCUGCAGUCGAACUUUAUCGUGUUUGUUCCUGAGGCAAUCAGAUCACGAGUGGAAGUCAUGAGAGCGAACAUGAUGGACAAAACGGAAAUUAUUUCGCUCUCCAAAGAGGAAUUACACUGCGCCCAAUAUUUGGACCAAAUCAGCACUAUCAUGGCCUCAGACGAAUUUAAAAAGGGUCACAAACUUCUGAAACACCCCGAAGGAUUUUGCCCGUGGUACAACAUCGUAACCAAUUCCAAGGCACCGUUACUUUUAAAAGCCAGUCAAUUCGGUCGCUUUAAUACUAAGUUCUUUUACUGGAUUGAUUUUGGAUACGGUGCAGGUAAACCUGGGCGCGUGCCUCCGUCACCUCUUUGGUUUCCCCAAAAAAUCAUGGAUUCAGACGAUCAUCGGGUAAUCUUUAUUUUACGACGACGAAGUCAGCUACAAAGACUGGAAUGCAUUCAAAAAGAAUAUAAAGUGAAUAAAGACCCAAUCUUUGCUGGUGGCUUCUUUGGAGGGACUCGGAGGGCGGUGGAGGCGUAUGUUGAUCUUCAUAAGAAUAUAUUUGAGGAGUUGCUAAACCAAAAUAUUGUUGAUGACGAUCAAACAACCGUAACUGCCUGUUACUUAAAAGAGCCGGACUUAUUUAGAUUGAUUGAUGGUAAAUUUUGUGAUGCAUUUAAGUUAUUCAAAUGAGUCCAAGUGAGAUUAGAUUUUUGUUCUUUCGUUCUUAUCUUGUCAUUUUGGUUGAAUUCAUGGAAAACAUGUAUAUGAACAAAUUAAAAGUAAACAAUGUGUUUCAAAUCGAUCGUUAAUUACCGUUAAUAUAACGACCUAAAGAAUAAACAUUUUAUCACAGUGACUUAGUACUUCCCACUGAGACAUUUUAAUUGUUUCUUGUCUAGAAUAAUUUAGUUACUACCUUA